AUGCAGUCUCAACACGAACAAACAGAGGAUGACGGUAGGGCCAGCACAGAGACAGUCUCUCCACCCCACCAGGAGCCAGAGAAGGCUGCACAGAGCAAGGAAGAUGCAAAGGCGCUCGAGGAACAACGCGAGCGGCAACAGUCACAAGCUGCAGAAGAACCAUACUCGAUCUUUACAGCGUGGGCAAAGUGGCAAAUUGUCAUUCUUGUUACCAUUGCCGGGUUCAUCUCGCCCAUGACGGCCAACAUCAUGCUUCCUGCGCUGCCAAAUAUCGCAAAUGAUCUCAAAGUCUCGCUCGAGAGCGUCAAUCUCACUGUCACAGUGUACAUGAUUUUCCAGGGUAUCACGCCCCUGUUCCUUGGCUCGCUGACUGACAUUGUUGGAAGACGACCCGUAUACCUCGUCUGCUUCAUCAUCUACGAAGGCGCCAAUGCUGGCAUCGCCAAUCUUCCCAACUCGUACGCUGGGCUGCUUGUUCUGCGGUGCCUCCAGGCGACUGGUGCAGCAAGCGUCAUCUCGAUCGGCGCAGGGGCCAUUGGCGAUGUGACCACUCGAGCGGAGCGAGGAAGCUUCAUGGGGGUCUUUUCGAGCGGAUCGAUGGCUGGUCCAUCCCUGGGACCGGUCGUCGGAGCUGUGCUCACGCAGGCAUUUCAUUGGCGCAGCAUUUUUUGGUUCUGCUUCGUCAUCGGAGGCGUCGUCCUCGUUCUCUCGCUCUUCUUCUUGCCCGAGACACUCCGUCGACUCGUCGGCAACGGGAGCCGACCUGCGCCAACGCUAUUCCAUGAGGCUCUCUUCGACCUGAUGCGAGGCAAGACGGCGGCACAGCAACUUCGUCUGCCUCGUCCUGGCUUGCCGCCUUCCCCCGUGGCCGACAAGGCGACGACACGGUCGAAGCGACUGGCGCGCGAGCUCGCUCGACCUUUUCAGGCCCUUCUCCUUCUGGCAAUGCCUGAGGUGUUCCUCUGCCUCAUCCUCUGCGCGAUACCCUACACGGCCUUCUAUUGCGUCAGCUCGACGCUGUCCAACCUCUUUCAGGACACAUACGGCCUCAACACACUCCAGGUCGGACUCGUCUUUCUUAGUCCGGGGAUUGGCUCAUCGCUCAGCAGCUAUCUCAUGGGGCUUGUCUUGGACCACGACUACGCUGCAGCUCUGAAGCGUGCCCGUGAAGAUGGGCAAAAGGACGACGUGGAAGUUCCUAUCGAGCACGUCCGCCUUCGCCGAUUCCCCUACGCGCUCCUCGGCACGGUGCUGACGCUCAUCGCCUAUGGCUGGUGCGUCCGCUACAAGGUGCACAUGGCGGCUGCCAUCAUCUUCCUUUUCAUCAACGGCUUCUGCAUCGGUUGCAUCUUCUCCAUCGUCCAAGUUCUCCUCAUCGACUGGCUGCCAAACAAAGGCGCCUCGGUGACGGGCUGCAACAACCUCAUGCGCUGCCUCAGCGGCGCAGUCGGCACCGCCGUCAUCGACUACGUCCUUUCUGCUCUCAAACCUGGUUGGACGUUUACCCUGACAGCCCUAAUUACCGCCCUCACUGCUCCCGUGGCAUUAUGGAUCGAUCGUAGCGCUCCUGCGUGGAGGCGCAGGCGGAGCGAACGACAGCAGGGACAAAUACCUUAG